GCGAUCGCCUCCGUCAACGCCAGAAGCAGCCUCUCCCAGCUUACAGCUUCAACCACCUGCGACCACUCCCCCUCCACCUUCUGAUUCAUCCUCCUUGGUGAAGACACAUCAGAAGCCGGGUUCAUUCGCUUUUGAUUCAGAUACCCUCACAUCCCGCCUUCUUCGCUCGCGAAGGUCUACCUGCUUACCUAUCAUCUCUGGAAGCUUCCCUUGAAGGAAGCUAUCCUCGACCUACUCUCAGUUGUUGUCGCUACACCUGUGAUAUCCGAUCUCACAUUCCAUCAUGGAGCGCUUCAACCGGAUGCUCCAGGCUGCUCAUGGCAUGGGUAUGGGUGCGGCCGCCCCUGGUGCGGACACCCCGAACUUGAUCGAUAAUGCGGAGACCGUACACAUUUCGUCGCUGGCCUUGCUGAAGAUGCUCAGACACGGCCGCGCAGGUGUACCUAUGGAAGUCAUGGGUCUGAUGCUGGGGGAAUUCAUCGAUGAGUACACAGUGCGGGUGGUGGAUGUUUUUGCCAUGCCUCAGAGUGGUACGGGUGUUAGUGUCGAGGCUGUCGACCCUGUUUUCCAGACCAAGAUGAUGGAGAUGCUGCGACAAACAGGACGACCGGAGACCGUUGUAGGCUGGUAUCACUCGCAUCCUGGUUUCGGUUGCUGGCUGUCCUCUGUCGAUAUCAACACUCAACAAUCUUUCGAGCAACUCACUCCGCGUGCGGUUGCUGUUGUUGUCGACCCCAUUCAGUCAGUGAAGGGAAAGGUCGUCAUUGAUGCCUUCCGCUUGAUUGCGCCUCAGACGGUCGUCAUGGGCCAGGAGCCACGACAGACGACCUCUAACCUGGGACAUCUGAACAAGCCGUCCAUCCAAGCACUUAUCCAUGGUCUAAACCGUCACUACUACAGCAUCGCCAUCAACUACCGCAAGACUGGGUUGGAGGAGAACAUGUUGAUGAAUCUGCAUAAGCAUGUGUGGACGGAGGCGCUGCAGAUGAACGACUUCCGCGAAGAAGGCAAACAUAAUGUUGACCGACUGCAGAAGCUCGUCGGGCUCGCAGAGGGCUACGAGAAGCGGGUCAAGGAAGAGACGGAGCUGAGCAAGGAGCAGCUGAAAACCAGAUAUGUCGGAAAGGUCGACCCCAAGAAGCACAUCCAAGACGUCAGCCAAGCCCUCAUCGAAGACAACAUUGUUGCUGUUUCGCGGCAGAUGAUCGAUAAGGAAGCAUCCGUAGCGAAGGAGACCAGCAGUAAAGGCGCCCAGGACGGCAACCUGAUGGAUGUUGAUGAGGAGGUAUAGAUGAGUCAUGCAUGAUACAAUGAAUCUCUGUUUUGUCGACCGUGGCAUCAAAUACUCGAGUUUUGGGUUCUUUGUAAACGUAUGGAAUCUAGACGAAAUCCAUCGCGGUAAAAUCUAUCAUUAUUCACACUCCC